GCGAGGGCCGGAUAGCCUAAGGAAACACACGUAGCAUUCACCUCAGCCAGCCACUGUUCGCAUCGCAGCACGCGCUUCCCACAGAGGAGGCGUUCCUUUGGCAGCUAAAAAAGGCGGCCCUCAGACGCAAGUUUGACUCAUACACACUCAGCCAGUCAGACCACCACAUCUCUACUUACGUCCUAUGUUAGAAGCAGCCCACGGGUUUUCAUUCAGCACGUUGCAUCGCUGUCUUGAUGUUUUACGCACAAUCUUGAGGUUUUACGCGCUUCACAGGACGUUUACAGAGCUGGGUGUAAUCGCGGUGGUCGGUCGAGUCGCUGUCGGUACCUCAACGCUGGAGUUGGAAAAGAGACGGGGACUUGGUUAAAUCCAAUAAGCAGCAGACCAUUUGGAACAGACGAUAUCGACCUCUUAUCACUCCACGCGCAAGGGAGCACGAACCUAUCUGGGAGAGUGGACACUUGUGGAAUCUGAUCGGUAGAUUCCAGUUGGUGAGGGUUUUUCGUCAUCAGCGACAGCCAGGCGGAGGUGAGAAGGAGGAGGCUCUAGGAAGAGCAGGAGAAGAACUUCACCAAGCGGCCAACCAAACAACUGGGGCAGCCACUCAGGAGAUCCAACCUUCUCUAGCCAAGAGCAGAUCCAAGAGCCACAGCGCCAUGUCGUUGGCUUCCUUCCACAUCAUGCAGACGCUGAAGAACUCCCCGGCGGCCAUCCGCCGCAAGUUCCGGCGCGACCGCAUCGAGAGCCUGUCGCACGGCGACCCCAUCUUCAAGGCCCACUACCUGGGCACCAAGAAGAUCUUCUCCCUGGACCUGGAGCAGGCAGAGGACGCCAUCGAGCGGCUGCUGGGCGACGCCCCCUUGGCGCCGGCCAAGCUGGGCAAGGACCACGCGCUGGUGGUGCGCCCGCGCUACGUGGAGGUGAAGGAGCUGAGCACGGGCCGGCAGCUGACCAAGACCUACCUGCAGGACAUCGCCUACUGCGCCUCGCACACCUCCAGGCCCAACGUCUUCCUCUACAUCUGCAGGCAGCCGGGGCAGCAGCUGCAGUGUCGCGUCUUCUGGUGCAGCCGGGCCGAGCGGGCCAAGGACAUGACGGCCUGUCUGGCCAAGUCCUUCCAGAGGGCGCUCAGCGACUGGCACGGGCAGGACGGGGGCAGUGCCACGCUGCCGCAUCAUAAUCAUCAUCAUCAGCACCCUGAGGGCGUGAGGUCCAACAAGGAGGACGAGGCGCCGGGGUCUCCCAACGCCAACACCAGGGGCUCCACUCUGCCGGCCAGCAUGGGGAAAGCGCGUUGGAGGAGGAGAGGAUCCAUGUCCCGCAGCCCUCUGAGGAACAUCACCCGGCGGGGCUCGGCUAGCGACAGCUGGCACUGAGAGCCACCGGCACACGCAGGCCGGCAGGCAGGCAGGCAGGCAGCCCUCAGACUGGCCGGGGACGACCUCUCAGACCAGACAGCCGACUGGCUCAUUUUUUUAAUUCCUCCUCCUUCUCCUGUUCCAUGGAGGUGGCAGUUUUUGAGAGCGAGAGGGAGAGCGAGCGAGCGAGAGAGAGAGAGAGAGUGAGAGAGAGGUGUGCAUGUUCAGGAAUGGUGGAAUUUUGACGUCUCCUCCCUUGAGGCAGCAGUUUUGCGGGUGCCGUGGACAAAGGGGGUGGGUGGUGUAGUCGAGGUUGAAAUGCUGUUGCCUGGAGGAGAAAGCAGUUUGUGGGGGUGAUGUGGCUGGCGGGAGCUUAUGGGACUGUCAAUGGUUGGAUUUGGUGGGCCACACAGCUGCUCCCGAAAAGGACUUUCACUUCCUCUGCUACUCACUCACUCCAUACGUGGAGUCUUCAAAGGGAGUCUGCGGUCGGUAUUUCCGGGUACACUCCGUUUCAUCUCUCAUGGACAGCGGGAAAAGGGAAACACAAAGGGGCCCCUUCUCUCUCUCUCCUCUCCGUGUCACGUAUGGAGGGGCUCUAGUUUUCAUUUGCCUCGUCUCCAUAGAAGGAGAGAGAGCUGAAGAUCCGUUCCAUCCUGACCCGUUUCCGUAGCAACUACAGAGACAGUAAAUGUUCUUCACUGAAGUCGAGUGAUGUCAGAUUCAUCUCAAGGGCGUUUGCAUCUCAAGUACAAAUACUGAAGCUGGACAAAAAGGGAUAAUGCUUGACGUCAGCGUCACCACCGCAGACUAACUGAACUGAACUGACAAAAUCUACACAAGCACUGUAGGUUUCCCCAGAGUAUUAUCAUGAACAGUUACUGCUGUUUUUAAUGCUAUUUAUUUAUAUAAAAUUAUUUUAUUUUUUUCCAAACUUCUGCACCUAAAGAGUAUUGACUUUUUCUUCAACAUUGAUUGAGGACUGAGUUGCCUUGUAGAGGGGUUAGGAGAGGGCUAUGCUGGAAUUUGGGGGGGAAGAAGAGGUGGGGAAAUUGUGCAGACACUAGGGUCAGGCUAGGUGAAGACCUCCAAAUCGCGUUUAGCAAAACCAGCAAUUGGUUAUUUCCCCCAAGCGCAACAUUUUGGCAGCUGGUGCGAGUCUUUAAGUGUGGAACAAACACUGGGCGCUCUUCCAACACCUGCUGCAUGACUUUCAUAUUGACGUAACUCACACGUACAGAAAAACAUACUCAGACACGUGCAUACACGCACACACACGCACGCGCACACACUCCAACACAGUCCCACAAAUUCAAUUGCUGUACACCCUAAAAAAAACAGGUUUAGAUGAUUUCUGUAGUCUCAUAGACCCAGGCAUGCUAUCUAAGAAUCCACUUGAAACAGUCUGUUGGCUGCUUUAUGCAUGCAUUUAUUUGCAUUUUUAGUCACCUCUUUUGUCAAAAAGAGGAGUUUGAGUCGUGUAGUUAUAAAGUAGUGUCUUUAUUUCCCCCUCCCCUAAUCACAACCCAAUAUCUGUAGCUAGCUGACUGUGACCAACUCAAGUGAUUUGCAUUCUGGGGGCUGGUGAUGUCUGAUAGGGCAGGUAGCCAGAUCAUGAUAUUCCCCAUGGGGUUUCGGCGUAAUAUAUUCCUGUGCUUGUGUGCGUCUGCGUCUGUGCUGUGUGAGUGCCUGUUUCCCCAAAGGGAACACUGUGUACUCCGUGGAACCUGCUGAGGGUGCGUUUAAGUGUGCACCUGCAUUCUAUACGCCUCCUCCACCCCAUAUAGAUCUGUCCUACCCCCACCCCCUACCUCCCUCUCCCUCCAGUCAUCCCACUUUCACACGUUCAGGACGUGACCCUGCAUGACUGCCCUGGAAAUGCAGCCCAUAAAAUUGAUGCCCUGUGUCUAUCUCUUGUCACGCAUGCAUACAUUCUCUCACACACACACACACACACACACACACACACACACACACACACACACACACACACACACACACACACACACACACACACACACACACACACACACACACACAAUGACAAACACUGUCACAUUUGGUAGACUUGUGCCCACACACUUACACACACGCACAGACACACACACUGCGUGGGCUGCUCGCUGCUGUAUGGCUGUGCCAGUGACACCUGGUUACCAAGGGAAGCAUGACGCAGCCGCAUGAUCACACAAACUCACAGUGGCAUUGAGCAGGAGCAGGGGCCAAGACUCGCACGCACGUUUGCAUUCGCUGGUGCCUAAGUGGCAUUUUGGAUUCUCGCCCUCAGGCAACCCGGCACACAAACGCAGCCGGGAACAGAGCCGGCGAGCAGCCAACGAGCUCCAACCCCAGUUUAAAAUUUAUGUCUGGGAACUAUAAAGUCUGCUCUGGCCCCUCAACCUCACCCCUCCCUCCCUCCUUACUUACUUACGCGCAAGUUACUGGGGCUACGUGGCAUGUUACAUAAGCCUGAUACAAGGAGAGGGAUGACUGCAAGGCCUAAGCUCGUUAUAAGGUGCCUGAUUUUUUUGUUUGUUUGUUUGUUUAUUUGUGUUUAUUUGUCCUGAAGUCUUGACUCACACUUUGGCUUCAGAGUCGAGGAGGAAGUCUUACUUUAAACAGGUGUUACAAAGGCGCUUUGCCUGUCCUAUGUGGACGAAAGGAAGUGCCUGCUUUUAAGGGUUUUAAAAUGUCUCCAGUGUUUUAUUUUUGUUUUUAUAAUGUUUUUUUGUGUACAAAUUUAAAUAUAUUAUGUAUUUUAUGGAUUAAAGUUUUUAUACAUAAACCUCA